AUGGCUCCGAAAACCGUGUUCAUCACUGGCGCCAACCGCGGAAUCGGGCUCGGACUUGUUCGUGAGCUCCUCAAAGUUCCCGGAGUGGAGAUCCUCAUUGCUGGAGCCAGAAAUCUUGAAGCGGCCAAGGUGAGCCAUGUUUUUUGCUUUUCUCUCACUUUCCAAGUCAAGUCGCAUUUUUCUUGUUUCUCGUUCAAACAGUCAGAAAAACCUUUCCCUGUCGCAGGCAAAUUCGUAUCGGCAGUUGCCGAAUGCGCAAAAGUUACGAGAAGUUUCGCUCAGAUUCGCGUGCGGGCUUUCGUAACUUUCGAAACGUAUUUGCCUGAGUUUUCCCCAUGUUACCACUGAUCCGAAUCCAUUCAGGAACUGCAAUCCCUGGCCCAAUCGGACGCCCGUCUCCACCUGCUCACUGUCGAUGUCUCCAACGACGAAAGUCUCGCCCAGGCUGUCCAGCAAGUGGGUCAACUGGUCGGGGAUCGUGGCCUGAACCUGCUCAUCAACAACGCCGGAGUGCUUGAAGUCUACCGAACGACCGACGCGCCGAACCGCGCCGCCAUCCUCCGCUGCAUCGACGUCAACGCCGUCAGCUCGCUUCUCGCCUCUCAGCUCUUCCUCCCGCUGCUCCAGAAGGCCGCUUCUUCUGGAGUCGGAUCUGGAGAUGAGCUCUCCGCAAGCCGAGCCGCUAUCGUGAACAUCGGCUCCGACUGCUCCUCGCAAACGCUCAACGUCACCGGAUUCUGCAACGAGACUCUCGUCGCCUACAAAAUGAGCAAAGUGGCGAUGCUCAGCUUCGCGCGUUCCCUGGUCGCCGACUUCAAAACCCUGAACAUUCCGGUGCUGGUGACGACGAUCCAUCCGGGAUGGGUGCUCACGGACAUGGGCGGUCCCAACGCCGAGAUCACCGUCGACACGUCCGCCUCGCAAAUCGUGCAGAGCAUCGGAAAACUGAGCAAUAACCAUCACGGAGGACUUUUCGAUCGCCAACUCGGGCAAAUGCCAUUCUAA